GGAGAACUUAGUCAAGCGGCACUAUUGCCUUAAAGGUGACCGCGCUCUAAAUAAACUUCCUGUUGCCAUCUCCAAAGUUGGGGUCUGUCAACGUUCUCUUUGCUUAUCAAGGUCUCUAAAAUUUCCUCCGAACCAUUUAUACGAGCACGAGGAAAAAUAAGAUAGGAACAUCGACACAAACUUUACUUUCUUUACCAUUGGUGCAAGCACAUAAGGUGAGUCUUAAUAGCUUAACUUUACGGACAACUGACUUGUAGGCGAGUCAAGGGGGGAGAAAUUUGUAACAAGUUAUCGUCAUAGGAUGUGGCUGUACGCCUAAGAUAAUUUUCUACUUGCAAGGCAACAAUUAAGCUACAAUUACGAAAAAUAAUACUAAGCGAAUCUGAAUAGAAUUGACUUGGUUUGUGUUUAUCAGUGUUAGUGAUUUUGAUUGUAAUAUGGUUUAUGCGCGGUAGACAAUAAUAGGGUAGAUAAUUUUGGAUAUGUUAAGGAAAUAGGUAUCAUGCUCAUGCGUUAGAUCAUAAGAAAUAACAGUGAGCCUUUGCCAAGUUCGGUUUGCGACCAGACAUACGCAGUCAAGGCGUUUACUUGUGGUAGCAGUAAAACUAGUGAGCAUUGUAAUUUUAGGUAGAAUGUUUAGAACGAUUGUGAUGCACUGACGAGUGAACGAACGCAAUAAAGCGAAGAAUGUGAAAGAUACAGUCCUGAUUGUUUAUUGAACCAGCGAACGCGGAGAUAUUUCAAACACAGUGAGAUUCCGUAACAACUGGACAGGUCCUUCGAGCAGAAUUAGAGAAUGUCUAAAAAGAAAGUAAGAGUGGCCCAUCGUGGACUUUUCACGAAAAUCAACGAAGCGUACACGACGAAUAUUCAACCGUUAGAAAGACAGAACUGCUGAAAUAGAAGGCUAGUUUAGGAGAACAGCUUCAAGAGAUCUUGCCGCUUGACGAGCAGAGUUUGGCCGAGUUAGCGGCAGACGAGAAAGUAACAGAAGAAGAAGAGGCGGACGAGAUUGAACGGCCGUGGCCGAUUGAGGCGCAGACCCAACACAAACGUUAGCUAGCUGCCAUGACUGACUGAGCAACCCACUCCACCAGCUUCAUCAUCAGCACCGCAAUGCGUAAAUCCAAACCAAGGUUACCAACCGAGCAAAGCUUCCGAAAUUAGACGUCAAAAAGUUCGGCAUUUAGAUAACGGCGAAAUUUGGCAUUUCUUUCGUCGCUAUAUGCGAACGAUUUACGAGGCCAACUAUUUGAUCAGUAUUCAUUUAUUUAUUUACCGACUACAGGGUAACCGUCGUCUCAUAACUUAAUGGCUACAUGGGUAUUGAUAUUGCACCUAACCAGAGAGUAGCCAUAAAGUAAAUAAGAUAAUGGCUACCUUUCGUUUGGAUACGCAUUCCGACGACAAGGUGGCCACUAACCCAGACAACUAACGGCUACUUUUGGAUCGGUUGAUAUUCGAUGGAUCCUAAGGUAGCUAGUAAUCAACUACUUAACGGCUACUUUUGGAUCGGUUAAUACAGUCAAUGGGUCCGAAGGUCAGUAGCCAGUAGUCAACUACUUAACGGCUACUUUUGGAUCGGUUUAUUAGAGUCGAUGGGAGUAGUCUACCAUGAUGAAAAUUAAGCCCCGUUGGUGCGUUCCCUUUGCGUUCCGUGUGAGUUCCCUUUAAUAAUAUGCAUGUAUAUAGGUCGAGUCCAUGGCGCCACUCAUAGUUAAAACAUAGGGAAAAAGUACGUUCCUCCAUACCAAUUAAGAGCCUAGUCAGUGUCUAGCUAGCUAGGUAUAAAUGCGUUCCUCCAUACUAAUUCGGUAUACGUUUCUCUACUACAAUAGGCACAAUAGGCUUCCCUAGACUUGCCCGUUAAGUAACUUGAGCCCGGUUUACUGGAACGUCUAUUAAAAGGAAAAUAGGAGCGAUCACCUAGCAACGCGAGAAACGGUAUUCAGCGCUCAAAAUCGGAUAUGUCAGCAAAACAUACACAAAGUAGAACUGAAAACUCUCUAUUUCAAUUUUGUCUGACGUUUUCUCUUAUUAUCUCGAGGAAAUGAAAAACUAUUAGAGUCUCAGCGUUUCACGCACCGUUAGUUAGUUAAUUAUGCGAGUUCGCAAACUCAAAGUUGAAUACAAAUUAGUUCCACAGGAAAAAGCCCGAGAGAACCUUGACGUAUUGUUAGGCCUUUUUACAGUUAUGUAUGGAACCGAGGCUGGAGUUGACCUUGUUUUGAUACAAACCUUCCUGCUUUAUUACGUUAAUCAAGUUAUUCUUAUGCUAACCAGUAUUUUUCAAGGACAAUUUCCUUAACAAAGAAAAAGAGGUUUGUAUCAAAAAAAGGUCACCGUCAGCCUCACAUUCACUCGAAGCCGAGGGUAGUCUCCCUCGCAGCCGUUUUUAGUAUCGUCACGCAACGCUCCUCCCCACAAACUACUUAACGGCUACUUUUGGAUCGGUUAAUACAGUCAAUGGGUCCGAAGGUCAGUAGCCAGUAGUCAACUACUUAACGGCUACUUUUGGAUCGGUUUAUUAGAGUCGAUGGGAGUAGUCUACCAUGAUGAAAAUUAAGCCCCGUUGGUGCGUUCCCUUUGCGUUCCGUGUGAGUUCCCUUUAUUAAUAUGCAUGUAUAUAGGUCGAGUCCAUGGCGCCACUCAUAGUUAAAACAUAGGGAAAAAGUACGUUCCUCCAUACCAAUUAAGAGCCUAGUCAGUGUCUAGCUAGCUAGGUAUAAAUGCGUUCCUCCAUACUAAUUCGGUAUACGUUUCUCUACUACAAUAGGCACAAUAGGCUUCCCUAGACUUGCCCGUUAAGUAACUUGAGCCCGGUUUACUGGAACGUCUAUUAAAAGGAAAAUAGGAGCGAUCACCUAGCAACGCGAGAAACGGUAUUCAGCGUAUCGUCACGCAACGCUCCUCCCCUCCCCUGGGGAGGAGCGUUGCGUGACGAUACUAAAAACGGCUGCGAGGGAGACUACCCUCGGCUUCGAGUGAAUGUGAGGCUGACGGUGACCUUUUUUUGAUACAAACCUCUUUUUCUUUGUUAAGGAAAUUGUCCUUGAAAAAUACUGGUUAGCAUAAGAAUAACUUGAUUAACGUAAUAAAGCAGGAAGGUUUGUAUCAAAACAAGGUCAACUCCAGCCUCGGUUCCAUACAUAACUGUAAAAAGGCCUAACAAUACGUCAAGGUUCUCUCGGGCUUUUCCCUGUGGAACUAAUUUGUAUUCAACUUUGAGUUUGCGAACUCGCAUAAUUAACUAACUAACGGUGCGUGAAACGCUGAGACUCCAAUAGUUUUUCAUUUCCUCGAGAUAAUAAGAGAAAACGUCAGGCAAAAUUGAAAUAGAGAGUUUUCAGUUCUACUUUGUGUAUGUUUUGCUGACAUAUCCGAUUUUGAGCGCUGAAUACCGUUUCCCGCGUUGCUAGGUGAUCGCUCCUAUUUUCCUUUUAAUAGACGUUCCAGUAAACCGGGCUCAAGUUACUUAACGGGCAAGUCUAGGGAAGCCUAUUGUGCCUAUUGUAGUAGAGAAACGUAUACCGAAUUAGUAUGGAGGAACGCAUUUAUACCUAGCUAGCUAGACACUGACUAGGCUCUUAAUUGGUAUGGAGGAACGUACUUUUUCCCUAUGUUUUAACUAUGAGUGGCGCCAUGGACUCGACCUAUAUACAUGCAUAUUAUUAAAGGGAACUCACACGGAACGCAAAGGGAACGCACCAACGGGGCUUAAUUUUCAUCAUGGUAGACUACUCCCAUCGACUCUAAUAAACCGAUCCAAAAGUAGCCGUUAAGUAGUUGACUACUGGCUACUGACCUUCGGACCCAUUGACUGUAUUAACCGAUCCAAAAGUAGCCGUUAAGUAGUUUGUGGGGAGGAGCGUUGCGUGACGAUACUAAAAACGGCUGCGAGGGAGACUAAGCCGAGGGUGCUUAGUUCACGACUAAUAACUUGACAAGAAUCAAUUAAAACACGCGACUAAUAAUUGCUAGCAAUAAAAUCAGACACGAGAUACCGUUUUAAAAACUUCAUUAAAAAACAAUGACAAAAGGAAUCAAAUACACAGCGAUUUGUAAGGGAUGGAAAUUAAUCUUCAUCUUCUUCGCCCAUGGAGUACUUGUAAGGUUUGAAUUUCUUAUGCCGACGUUUCCUCAGCUGUUUGCCAUGAGCUUUAUGAUCAUCCAAAUAAUUUACAAAUUGAAUCCGACGCCUUUUGCGCUUCGGGCCUUGUUGUGAUGGGGUUUCCACUGAGGGAGGAGGGGUCAGGAAAGCAGGAUUUAAGGGUGGUGGUGGGGUGAGGCUUCUUUGUCUGAGAGAUAGCCGCUUGUGUUAAUUCAGGUGUUACGCUGAAGGGUUUCAGGAGAGUUGAGAACGCUGUCGUUGCUGUCGAAGAGUCUUGUGUCCUUGAUGUUAAGUCUGGAACAAUGCUGAUUAUUUUUUCCGGUCGUGUUCUUGUAUUUAAUUGUUCUUUAAAAGCCAGGUAUCUGUUUAGCUUUCUCAUCGUCCCGAAUUAAGAUCGUUUCGAGAAAGCACGUCAUCCAUGUUGCCUUGUAUUUCUUGCAUAGCUGGAAGAAGCGGGAAAAGCGAAAGAGUCUGCUGCUUCAGAUAUUUUAGAAGCUGACUUGAGGAAUAUUUUCUCGAAACCCUGCUUGGUUUAAGGCCUCCUUCACUAGGCAGAACGUUUGUUCGCAUCCGACAAUUAUCUUAGGUAGUAGUUUACAGAUCAAUUAACAGAUAACCAAAAGGUCUUUUUACAGUCUCUUCGUACUGGUUUAAAAGAAAUCAGUUUGUCCGGGAUACAUUUGCUUGGCAAGAGUCAAGAUUUGCAUUUGUCUCGUGGAUUCUUGAAUAACACCAAAUAAUGGUUUAAGCUUUUGCUGCCGCUAGCUUUCCCCUGAUGAAAUAGAUUCUGCACGAUGUAAAUCACGCUUAGAUUGCGAUGAUGAGAACCACGAGUAAAGAGGUUCACAAUUCGCUUGUCUUUACUAGCGUCAAUCAUCUGUUCAUCAAACACGAUCAAAUUCCGUUUGUUCACAUCAAAAUAUGAAUCCUGCUCAAAAGCCGUAGGAAUUCCCCUGACGAAUACAAUGUUUGGCAUGGCGACUAGCAUUCAUGUUUGCGCAGGCUGCCAUUGUGAAUACAGUCAACUCUUCCUAUGACGGACACCUUUGGGAUCAGUACUGUGUCCGUCUUAGAGAGAAGUCCCUCUUACAGAGAGUCAAAUAAGGAGAGUAAAGGAAAGUAGGGACCAACUCUAGGUGUCCGUUUUACAGAGGUGUCCGUCUUAAAGAGGUGUCCGUUAAGAGAGAGUUGACUGUAACACCAAACGAGCCUCUCCGGGGCAGGGUAAAUUGUCUCUGAAGCUUGUUGCAAUAGAGAUCGAACCCAGGCCGUUUUUCCGGACCCGGUCAUUUCGGCAAUCAUAGAGAUGAAAGGAUGCUCGAAGCGAAACCACUGACAUUUCUGUGAAAACAUUGGAACUGUUUGAAUUGGGGUGAUCAUGGGACCAGCAUUGCGGUGUUUAGACAUCACGUGCCUUUGCAUACUAUCCUUUCGACUAAAGGAUUUUUCGCAGACAGAACAGAACAAACUCAUGUCAACUCCUCAAGAGCAGAAUGUGGACUGAGAAAGAGAUAGAAUGUUGCGCAUUUAUAUAGGUUUUCAGGCCAUAAAAUCUAUUGUUUUCCUCCACCACCACCACCACCACUACAUUUCUAUUGUUUUCCUCCACCACCACCACCACCACAUUUCUAUUGUUUUCCUGCAGUAUACGGUGCAACGCGGUUCUUGUCCACUGUUUGUUAAGUAAUAUAAACAUGAAGGGAUUUUCAAGGGCACCGUCAAGUGCACGAGCACUUUGAGCUGGAGUUUCUUUUGCUCUUACGAAAUUCCUUCCUGCUUACAACAACUUCCUUAGUGUUUCAGUUCUCACGAAAUUCCGCUUAUAACAAUUUCCUCACUAUUUUGCUCCCAUACUGUGUUUGUAUUGAGGUAUUUUUCAUGUUUUUCCUUGCAGGUGUGCUUGAUUCUUUACGAUGUCGCGGAUUAUUCUUUUUCUUUCAGUUUCCUGUUUCUCAACACUAACAAAUGGUAAUUACACAAGUCAUGUAUUCAAUGAAGUUGUAGUGUAUCGAUACAGGGCUUCCACACAAAUUGUGACCGUUGUAGUGUAUGAAUUUAGAGGAAAAUUAUGGGAAUAUCAAAAAGUUUCAUAAUUUCGUAAUAUAAUGCGGUGAAUUGUUAUCUAUAAGAUCAAUACCGAUACCCGGGGGAUGGCCGCUUAACCAAGGUUCAACUGUACUCUGUAUAUGUUUAAAUUGCAGGUCAACAGCAAUCAGAUCCACCCAGAAUUAUUAAAUUUCUAACCAAGGAUUUAGUAGCUCCUGAAGAUGUCAAGUUUGCAACAAAAAAUGCCUUGAAAUUGCCGUGUGGUGCUAGCGGAAAUAACUUAACAUGGACUUGGAAGCACAACGACACAGCAAUUUCUACCUCAGAUACUAAGUUCACCGUUGAUGCCUAUGGAACCUUAUAUGGAAGUUACCUAGAAAGUGCGCAGAAUGGACACUACCAAUGUUUUGUAAGAGACGCUGUUACGGGCAUUGAGACGUUCAGCAGAAAAAUAAAAGUCGCUGUUACAGGUAAGGGCGCUUUCAAAAUCUGAAAACAUUUCCAGGUCGUCUGUUUUUCGUACUUGCAAACAGCUCCUGCUAAACUUUUUUCGAGGCGAACUCACUUUCUUAAUCCGAAAUAAUCUCGCAAACAUUUUCAAAACCGCGCCAUGUUGGACAAAACAAAGAAAAUACUCAGGUUUCCCGUGAUGUCAACCGUGCAUCUGUGCACUAACAGAGCAUGGGCAACGACCAAUCACAGCGCGCGUAGCAUUCAUCGACCAUAGCUCUCGACCAAUCAGCGAGCGAGAAAUCGUUGUACCACUGAAAAAAAUUGGCCAGGUUGACUUUGUUCAUUUGCCGAACCCAUUCAAAAUUAAUCAAACGACUGAAGUUCAUUGGGUUUUAUUACGGAAUGUUUAAUUUGUUGCGCUGGUUAACAGUGUUCGAUCUUAACGGUAGUCUUUUAGCCAGUGGUGAACUUACGCAUAAGCACGACAGAGAACAAUGACGGCAAACCUUGUGUGACAAGCGUGACAGUAAGUUUGCUUUAUCGCAUGGAUAAAUGCAACAUUGUGAAGUGAUGACGAUAAACAAAAUGGUUGCAAGAAUCACCAACUGAGGCAGGAUUCCACUAAGGCUCAACAUAUCCGAUCACAGAUCAAACGUCUUAGAUUUUGUAAGCACAGCCCUUUAAGUAAUCAACAGUAAACGGAAGGCAAAAUACUGACAAAGCAAGAAAGCAACAAGCAAAAGAACAACAACAACAACAACAGCAAAACAAAAUAAAAACAAAGUAACACUGUUAGCCCCGCGUGCUUUGCAACUUUUUUUCAUCACGGCUGCCUGAAGCAAUUUUAGGUAAAGUAAGAUGGUCUGAAUGGGGUUAACCGUCAGCCGUGAAAACCCCUAAAACGUAAAUGUCAACCGUCAAAAAUGGAAAAAAUUGACCGUCAACCGGCAAAGCUACCUCAAAGUAAUGGUGGAUGGGGGAGAUGCUUAGCGAGGGGGCGGGGGGAGUUAAAAGGUUUUAAUAAGCACGGCCCUGACAAAUUUAUAAUAUUCUAAUUUCCUUAUACAGUUGUAGGGACAUUUAACGAUCCGGAAACUAAACAGGUGGUGCAGAGUGUUGACCUUGGGGAGGAAUUUAGUUAUGCGUGUCCUCAGCACUCUCCCAGUUAUGGCGUCAGCUAUUCGUGGAUGGGGAAAAGCAAUAAUCAAAAAAUACAGUUCAAGGGGAAUGAACGACGAGCCAUCACACAGACAGGUCAUCUAUUCAUAAUGUUUGUGACUGAGGACGAUCUCAAAGAGUUGGAGGGAUAUGAAGAUCAAGGAAUCCAUUGUGAGAUUUCUGCAGCUAAAAGAUUUGAAGCUUCUAGUCUCUUAAAGUUAACAAAGAAAAAUCAAGGUGAAUUCUUUGUUUUCUCUUAACAGUGCAGGAAGUCUACAGGACUUGUAGCUAGUACUGUGUAUCGUCUUUCUUUAGAGCCUGUACUAACUCUCCGUCUGAUUUCGGUGGCUUCGGUAUGGUGUCCAUACUGCUUUCAGUCUCUAGGCCUCAUUACAGCAGUGUCUCUCUUAACGGACACCUCUAUAAAACGGAUACUCACAGUAAGUCCCUGGCUUUCUAUUCUUCCUUUAUUUGUCUCUCUAUAAGACGGACACCUCUCUGAGAAGGACACUUACAGUGCUAGUGCCGGUCCCUAUACGUUUAGGGUCGCGUGGUUCGAGCGAGUUUUCCCGAACGUUCGUCUCGGUUACCUCACCGGAAUGCAUGGACUGCGAGAAGGCCUAGAAAGACGCCGUUAAGAGACUAGGCAGAGAUGUGGUCAAAAACGUAAUAAGGGGCACAAAAUGUAAUUCAAUCCCAGUGGUGGAUCCAGGGGAGGGCCCCCUCCCCCCUCCUUAUUUUUAGACCAAACUGAAGCCCGAAGUGCUGCCUUUGUAAUGACAUCCGCAAAUGUUUAGACUUUCUUGUGUUCUCGGAUAGGGCGAAAAACCGUGGGUCCGGUCUCACAGCACUUUCACUGAUUUGUUCUUGUGGGACGUAAAAGAACCCAGAUCGCCAUUCGAAAAGAGUAGGGGUCGUAGACCCCGGUGGUGUGGCCAACCUUUACGGGUUGUGGGAUUGGGUAGGGAUGGCACCUUGCAUGGGACCUGAGUCCUGUUCGUGCACAUUCCCCCCAGGCAGGCCUGUGUCCAGAAAAGCUGGUAAAUGAAAUGUUUUACACAGUAUUGUGUAUUUUGUCUCAGAUCAAACAGAUCCAAAGACACUAAGAGAGCCUUCUUGGAAGUUAAAACUUAUGUCUGCUAAACAAGAAGAGGCUUUGGAGGGAAAAAAUAAAACUUUAUAUUGUCUUGCAGCAGGAAGGUAAGUUGGAACAUCAGUUCAAUGGACAAAUAACGAUAACGAUUAUAAUAAUAAUAAGGUGACGAUGAUGACGAUGACGAUGGCAAUAAUAAUAAUAAUAAUAAUAAUAAUAAUAAUAAUAAUAAUAAUAAUAAUAAUGAUAAUUAGUAAUAACCAAAGGUUACGGAAAUGGAAGGUCAAAACGCUUUGAAUUCAACGCUGUGCUUUGGGUAAGUUUCAACUGAGUGUAGUAAUUGUGACAGCUAGCUGCUAGCUCGCUUAAAGAAAUUAUUUAGCCCGGCGUUCAGCCAUUGAGCUUUAUUGUUUGUUGAAUAAUUUUCUCGAACCGUUCAGCAGUUCAUAGCAUCCGUUUUGAACGGCUUGCCUCCCCAUUUUUAAUCCUGUUUAGAGCUGUUCGCUCGGCUUUUUGAACGACUAGCAGUAGCGAACGUUUUCAUCGCCCCAUGUAAUGGAAUGUUGUUACCUUGUAGGAAAAAAUAGCGAUAAAAACACACUUCUUGGUGAACGCUUGCUAUUUAUUGUUUUACUGACAAGAACUUCUGGCUGCUAUUUUUUUAACUUCCAGACCUGAGCCAAAAAUAACCUGGAAAAUUAACAGAGUUGGAAAAUGGGAAAACCUUGUUAAUGGAAUGGACAAUUUUGAGAUUGCCGAUGCUUUCCAUGGAAGAUUGCUUAACAUUAUAUCAGUAAAAAAAAAGAUGCAUGAGACCACAUACCGCUGUGAAGCAGAAAAUUCUCAAAAUGGUGGAAAUCCGAAAGUACAUGAUAUACAACUUAGAGUGAAAGGUAAAUGGCCUUAGGGCUUUUCCAUUCACCCCUUCAAAUGAUCGAAUUAUCGCAAGACAGUCCUGGACUCUGGAUUCCACGCCGUGGAUUCCGGAUUCCAGGUACUGGAUUCGGAAUUCUUUGUCAGAGAAACUUGGAUUCUGAAUUCCAGUCUCUAGUGGGAUUUAGGAUUGUUUGAGCUGAAUUCCGGGUUCCAAAGCACAGAAUCGCGGAUUCUACAAGCAAAUUUUCCAAGAUUCCGGAUUCGACAAGCAAAAAUUUCCUUUAUUGCGGAAUUCGGCUUCCCUGACACUAGGCGAUACUUACGUGCAUAGAUUAUCAGUUAUAGAGACGGAGUUGUAGAGGUAAUUGUUAUUAAGGGCAUUUCCGUCUUAGAAGCACACUUUUGGAAGAAAGGUUUUUAUUAGCUAGAUCAUUUUUGUACACAAUUAUUAACCGAUGAUUUGAUUGAUUUUGUUUUCAGUUGCUCCAAAGUGGACGGCAGAGCCUCCGCCAGAACUUUUAAUUGAUGUUAAUGGCAAUGGCAGGUUAACGUGCGAUGUAUUUGCAGAUCCUUCGCCAUCUUUAAUCUGGUACAAAAAUGGGAGGAAACUCACAAAAUCAACGUAAUUUUUCUUUCUUUUUCUGUCACUGUACACUUCGAGAUUGGUAAACUUAGGGGGGCCACAUUCUCUUUUUUAACGCUUAUGUUUAGGAGUAAACAUUUUCGCGUUCCUACUAAAAAAUUAUUGAAAAAAAUAUCAAAAAAAAAAACAAAAGCGGGACACUUUAUUAUUUUCAUGAGAUUAUUAGAAUGGAUAGAAUAAAAUGGUGAAAUUUAGAACUUAUACGUGAAAUAUUCUACAAAUUCUGGAGUAGUUGUAAGCCGUGAACUGGGAGCUUAUUACUGUUAGGAAUAAAGAUAUUUUUUUACAUUAAAUGAUUUUGCACUAAAUUGUCUCUGCUUUGGAUGAAUACUAUAAAUUAUAGCGAUUUACGAGUUUAAAGAAACUGAUUGUUAAAAGAAAAGGGAAAAUGCGUAAUUAUUUAACAGCAGGGUGAAGGAUUCAAAGGUGGCAUACACAAAGUAAAGCCUUGAGAUCACAAGUGCUUGAAAAGAAGUCUAGUGGCCUUCAAAGGCAUUGUCUGUACCGAUCUCGAACAAGCCUAAAUUUCGCAACCGCAUAAGUUGUGACUUUAACAGCGAGGAUCUUGAUUUCAUUUAAUCCUGACUAUAGUAAGAAGUUAAACAAUUCCUAGAGGUAUGGUAACACUGAGCUGAUUGGAAACUCUUCAGCUGUUACUACUCUAUUUUUGAAUCUCCCAUAAUACACUCAACUGUUGCCUGGUUUCACUGAAAUGCUCAUGGGAGGAAUGCAUAUUCCCAAGAGCAUUGUCUUUAAAACAUUAACAUGUGCAUAAAUUGGGGGGGGGGGGGGGGAGGGGGGCAAGCAGAUUGUAUUAUGGGAAUUCGAAAAUGGUCAGUUGCAGGUUGAGUUAUGUCCAGUCACUAAUCAAGUUGCAUUCUAUAGUGAACAUGUGAGACUGAAUGGCAACAAGCUGGAUUUAAAAAAUGUGAGGUAUCUACAAGAAAGCGGAGCUUAUCAAUGUGUGGCUGAGAAUCCAUAUGGAAUGAUCGUGUCCUAUACAGAUGUAAAAGUUCGACGUAAGCACUUGGAAAAUUGCAUUUAUACAAUUGAACCUUCAUUCCCCUAUUACAAAAGUGGACUUUUUCUUUGUUUUAAGAUGAAUCAAUUUUUGAUAAAAGAGCUUGCCAUUUUUAAGGUGAAAAUGUUAUAAACAACUCAUUGUCGUUUUGGUUAACACCAUGCAUACAAUCCUAGGGUUACCUAAGUCUGACAAAACUAGGAAGAGGGGAGGGGGAAGACUUCUCUCUAUUUCGCAACAGCGUAUAUUUUACACAGGAGUGCGGGAAGGUAGACGUUUUUUUAAUCUUUCUUAACCAGUUUUGUCCGAAGUUGCAUUGACAAUGGCAAGAGAGUGAUUGUCGCCUCAUAUCAGUGAGCAUGACAACAGCAAAAAUACACUUUUGUUAUAAAAUCUACUCUGAGUUACUAGAAGUAUUGUCACUAAUUCAAAUCGUAUUUGGACACACAUUAAAUACGAUCAUUUUACGUACGUUGAAAUCAGCCAAUCAGUGACCCACUUGCCCUUCACAGCACGCGCGCGAACUUAAAAUAGAUUUCAAAUACUUAUCAUGAGGCAAAGGAAUUCGCUCUCUUAACUCAUUCUCUCUAGCUUUGCUGGUAUAAAAAAACAAAUCAGGAUACGUCACCGAACCAACUUUUACAAUACGUCAAUUCUUCUUAAGUGCGCGUUGGGGCAUAAUAGGGACUUUAAGAUCCAACUACGCGACGGCGACAAGAACGUCGCUUAAAAAGCGAAUUUGCCUUCUUUCAGUCUUUGGUGCGAUUGUUCCUACCCACUUACUUUGUCAAUUGUAGGCGAACCGUCCUGAAGCUGAAUUUCAAGGGACCAUAUUCAAGCUCAGAAAGAGAAAUAAAAUUUCGUCGUUGCUUGUUUACGUCCUCCAUAAAACGCGAAAUUAGACAUUUUCACGUCGUAGUCGUGCAAAAAAGAGAAAGAAAUGUACAAAAAAGUGUGAUGCACGUGCGAAGUUGUUGUUUUGCUUAUUAAACCUAUUGCUUUUUUGACCUUCUCGUUGUCGUCCGCGUCCUUGGAUCUUAAAGUCCCUAACGCCUUACACACGAAACUUUUCUAUUUGCAGCAAUGGCACCAUUUUUUGAGACCGGAUUUGGUCCAUUCUACUUGUUUAAAGGCACUGAGGGAAGGCUGACGUGUAAUCCAAAAGCAGCUCCAUGGCCAAGUAAAGACGAAUAUAAAUGGUAUAAAGGAACCACUCUACUGAGGUCAUCACCACCUUACAGAAUAGAGCAUGAGGAAUUCAGCACAUUGAUAAUUGACAAAGUUGACGAGAAUAGAGACGAGGGACCAUACACAUGUUAUGCAGAGAACUUCUUGGGUAACGCGACGGAAACAGCAACAGCUACAGUUCUUGGUGAGAAUUACAUUGGUCCCUUAUAUUAGCUAAAGCAAGAUUUUAGUCCUAGCGGCCGGCCAAAUUCGAAUAUGGCUUUGAGAUUUAGGGUCGAUUGUGUCUUAAAAACUCUCAUUUUUUCCCAUGACGUCAAGUUGUUUUUCUCUUCGCGCGCUGGAAAAAAAAAAUAGAAGUAAUGUCUUGGCUCCAAUGUAUUUCCGCAAUGUUAUACUUAAGUUAUAAUUAUGACCAUUUUGCUUUUUCAGAGAGGACAAUAAUUACUGUGCGCCCAGAAGAUAAAAUAGUUGAUGAAGGAACUCGUGUUGAUCUGAGAUGUGAGGCAAAGGCUGACCCGUCUCUUGAGUUGAGAUACUAUUGGAAAAGAGAUGAUGCCGUCGUAACGUACAACAACAAAAUUCAGUGGUUUGAAGGAGCUAAGGUUCUAACAAUUGCCAGCAUUACAGUUUAUGAAGCUGGUAAUUAUACUUGUGUGGCCUAUACUCCUGAUCCAAAAAGAUCUGAAGACCAAGCAUCUGCUACUAUUGAUAUCGGAGGUACUAACACAGAAUUAGAAUGAAUUAGAAUGAAAGUGGUCUCGUUAUGAAUCUUUUUGGUGGCGUUAACUUCAGGGAGACUGGGUACCAGCUUUCGGUACAACGGUUUCUGGGAUAGAGAAGAGAAGUGUAACGUCAGUAAAAUUCAAAUUUGUGAAAUUAUGGGUUGGUUAGCAUAUUCAGAAAGAACAACAUAAAAAAAUGUCCCUUUUCCAAAAAUCAGUCUCUUAGUACAAAUUUGUAUAGAGAUAUUAGCACCGGUUUGCUCUGAUGACUCCAUACAAAUCCUUCUAAAAAUGGCUUGGAUCAUGAAAUUAACGAUCCAGGCCUAUUUCAGGGGGAUGUAUAUGGAGUCAUCGUAGCAAUAACGUUGCUUAUAUCUCCUCACCAAUUUGUAGCAACGUGCAGCUGUUUGGCAGCUGAACAUUUUUCAUCUCGGUGUUUUUUUCUGAAUAUGUCAACCAAUGCAAUUUUAGUUUUUGUGACGUCAUCACUUCUCUCCUCUAAUGUUUGCAUCGACAAGCGUAAGUUAUGAUUAGUCGCUGGUAUUUCUCUCUUUUGUUUUGGUUAUUUUCCUUUAUAUUAUUGGCACUCUAGGGAGUCCCCGUGACUAUCUUUACCAGUGAAGUUACGUAGUAUAUCAUAUUCGUAAGUUUGGCGGAAAAAAAAAGCUUUCAUUACACUAAUCAUUUAACUGUUUAAAUCUGAUUUUUGUAGGUGUUCCUAAUCCGCCAACAAAUCUUGCCAUAACAAAUUGCUCUAACCGCACUACAACGCUUUCCUGGGUCACUGGAGCAGCUAACAAUGCUCCCAUCACACAGUUUAUUAUUGAGCAGGAAUCUUCGUAUGAGCCCAACGUGUUUUAUAUCAUUCAAAAUGUCACAAACCCUAAUGCGACGUCCUUUACCUUUAAUCUGACCGGAUGGGCGACCCUUCGUUUCCAUAUGAGAGCUGUCAACCGCUUUGGACCCAGCCGUGCAAGUGUAGCCACGACUAAAGUUUGUCAAACGGAUGCUGGACGUGAGUGUAUUUUUUGGCUUGUCAGUUUUACUUUACAAACACUGAGACGAUCAAUGAGUUGUCGUAUGCUACAUUGAUUCCGAUCUUGUUGAAUGAAAAAAUUGCUAUAAGUAUCAGGAGGCUAAGCGUUGUUUAACUAUAAUAUAUCAAGCAUGAGACGCAGUGUUUUAUCACCAGAUGAAACACCGAGAAGAGAGUUGAAAAUACGACGCGCAACGGAGUAUUUUUUGACGAACUUCGAUGUGUUUUAUCUGGUGAUGAAACACUUUGUCGAAUGCUUGAUAUUACUUCUCAAACAAAAUGAUUUUAGAAAGAGAAAUUAAGGAUGCAAAAAUGAGCAGUUUUUCAUCUGAUUUCCAAACACUCAUUAAACUUCAAUUUCCUUUGUAUUUUCUUUAUGAAUUAUUAAUGAGUUUGAGAAGGUGUGGCAAAAGUAGGUAUUUCAAGAUACUGCGACAGACGUCAAUUGUAAAGUGAAGUGGUGUUCAAAUUCAGUUUUUCAAAUGUGGGUGAUAAGCCUGUAGUCGUAUUCUUGGGAACCUUAUUCAAGGUCGCAAAGAGGAGGAAAAAUUCGUCGUCGCAUGUUGCGACCUCAGUUAAACGUUGAGCUAUUUCUUGAUACUGAUUUCCAUAGGAAGCUAUAUAACACAUUAUUGGAAAAGAAAUGACUUUAAAUCUAUGUAUUUUCAACAGCUCCAGAUAAAUAUCCAGACAAUUUCCGUGGAAAUCCAAAGAGAGCCGAGGAGCUUGAUAUUGUUUGGACCGUAAGUACUCUUUAGCCCUGUGCAAACCGACGCAACAUUAUUGUUGGCCAACAACUCCCAACAUCGUUAAAUGUUACAUGUUACGUCCGUUUGCACACCCUGUUGCAUGUUGUUGUGUGUUGUUGGGGGUUGUUGCGCAAAGUUUGAGACCGUAAAACUUUUGAAACAACAGUUCUCAACAUUUCUUUUGUACCGUGAUGGCCAAAGCGUAGCGAAACAACGGAGGAUCCGCUUGCACAGCUUCUUUUGAAAUUCCGUCUAUGGGUUUGUUUCAUAAAGUUAUGGCAGGGAACGGUUUAAUUUAGUUUUGUAACUGAGAGAGCAUUCCCACAGGGAGGUUUAUAAGCGACGGCUAUUAAUUUUGGAUUUAACGGUGCUCUUAUUUUUAAUUCUUCGUAGGCAAUGCCUAAAGUGGACUGGAACGCACCCGGCCUUUACUACUUGCUGAAGUACAGACAGGUGCCAGAUGGCCAAUUUGGAGACCCGGAGAGAAUCAUUGAUCCCGCUGUUGACGUUUUUGCGAUACCAAAUCCCGGUUAUUAUAAGCUGUGGGAAUUUCAGAUUCAAGCUGGGAAUGAUGUAAAUUUGGGGCCUGAGAGUCCUGUAGUUCAAUCAUAUUCGGGUCAAGACCCGCCCGAAGGAAAGCCAGGAAAUGUACAAACUGGAGCUGCGACAGCACGCACUGUUGAGUUGUCAUGGCAACCUGUUACUGUUACUCGAGGAAGUGUGGAUGGUUAUAAGGUGAGAGCAGCCUCCUUCCCAUUCCCUCUCUUUUUCUGUUUACCCGGAGAUAGAUGGAGAGAGGAGAGAGAGCAUUAGUGUGAUAUGGUCUUUUAAUCAGCUACAAUUGGAUUUAAAGGAGUUGUUACGGCAUCCUGUAAAUUUUUUUAGUAUAAACUUGCUUAGAAAUUGGCUUUGAUGACGUUCCUAUUUCUUGAUUAGUAAGAUUUUGUUAUCGAUCGUUUGGCCCUGAUGCACUGACAUUGUUCAAAUCAGAUAAAGACACUGAUCGAGUCACAUCUAAGAAUUGAUGCUUAAAACAUUUGUUUACAGUGGCGCAUUUGUACUGAUUUGCAGAUUUACUAUUGGGGUAAGAGUCGCCUGAGUGCAAGACGUCGACGAGAAAUUCCUGAUAAUGCGUCGUUUGUCAAUGUCCGAGGAGGAAGCACUGAUGGGCACAAAAUAACAGAACUUACACCUUACACUAACUACAUCUUCGCAAUAACGGCGUACAAUAGUGGCGGCGAAGGACCUGCCAGUAACGAAGCCUUUGCAGAGACUGAAGAAGACGGUAAGUUUUUUUAAGGAGUUCACAGUUGCCUCUUUCUUAACAAAGAUUUCCCAAUGAUCACUGCAAGAGCAAUGACGACGUGACGUGGGUUUUAACUUUGGGAGGUCUACCAAAGGCAGAUUGGUCUAGGGUGAGAGGUCAAACUUAGACCCCGUCUGCACGUAUCCGGAUAUUUUUGAAUCCGCAAAUUUUUCUUUGCAGAUUAAAAAAUUUCCACGUCGACAUGACGUAGCGUAUUCAAAUCGAAUUUGGCCGUACGCACGUAGCCGGAUUCACUCUCAGUUCGUCAGCUAAUUUGUAAAGCGGUAUUCGGCUCAUACGAAAAUUUCCUCGCCAAUCUACUUGAAUGAGCUGUUUCGCUGACAAAAUGGUCCCACCGAGCACUAGUUCGCUCUUUUAACUUGUUUACGGAGUCCAAUUCGUCGGUCCGACCGUCAAAGAAAGAAGCUUCAGAAUGUUGAGUCGCCGUUUGGCAUAAUUGAAGUGUAUAGUACAAUAGUACAAGAACUACCGCACAAUCAGCCUUAUAUGCCACCCAAGCAAAGUCCUGCUGAAGGUGCUGUUAAAUAGGCUGAAGCCUCGGGCAGAAUCAAUCAUCGCAGAAGAACAGGCAGGUUUUCGAUCAGGUCGAAGUACGACAGAACAGAUCUUCAAUCUCAGGAUACUGUGCGAGAGGUACCUCCAACAUCGACAAGACCUCUACCACGUCUUUGUUGAUUUUAAAAAGGCGUUUGACAGAGUAUGGCAUAAAGCCCUUUGGUCUACUAUGAGGCUUUAUAACAUCAACGCCAACCUAAUCCAAGUCAUUGAAAACCUCUACAACAAGGCCACUAGUGCAGUCUACCUUAAUGGUGACAUAGGAGACUGGUUCAGAACCACAGUCGGAGUCAGACAAGGGUAUCUACUCUCACCAACUCUUUUCAACAUCUUUCUGGAGAGAAUUAUGACUGACGUACUAGAAAAUCACCAAGGAACAGUCAGCAUCGGAGGCAGAACAAUUACCAACUUACGUUUUGCUGACGACAUUGACGACCUGGCAGGAAAAGAGGAGGAACUAGCCUCCCUGGUGGAUCGCCUGGAUAAGACCUCUGCAACCUUUGGCAUGGAAAUCAGUGCAGAGAAGACCAAACUGAUGACCAAUAACGCGAAUGGUAUCAGCAUUGACAAUAGAGUCCACGGUGAAAAAUUGGACGAGGUUGACAGCUUCAAGUAUCUGGGCGCAGUCGUCACAGAUCAGGGUUCCAAGCCUGAAGUACUGACCAGAAUUCCACAGACAACAGCUGCACUAGCGAGGCUGAAGACCAUCUGGAGUGAUAAGCAUAUCUCUCUAAGCUCAAAGAUCAGACUAAUGCGCUCCCUAGUUAUCUCUGUACUAUUGUACGCCUGCGAAACCUGGACAUUGACAGCGGACAUCCUGAAGAAAUUGCAGGCCACUGAGAUGAGAUGCUUUAGGAAACUGCUUGGCAUCUCAUACAGAGAUCACAUCACUAACGAUGCAGUCAUAGACAGAAUCAGGCAAGCCAUUGGGCCCUAUAAUGAUAUCUUAACCACAGUAAAGAAACGCAAGUUAAAGUGGUUUGAGCAUGUAUCAAGAUCAUCAGGGCUUGCCAAGACGAUUUUACAAGGAACAUUGCAAGGAGGGAGAAGAAGGGGCCGAUAAAAGAAGCGUUGGGAGAACAACAUCGCUGAAUGGACAGGGUUGAAGUUUUGCCACGCUGUAAGAGAAGCUGAAAACAAAAUAAAAUGGAGGGAGAGGGUUGCAACGUCCGUGGCGCCCCAACGGCCAUUGACUACGGGAUAAAUGCAAGUGCAAGUGCAAGUGCAUAGCAAUCAUAGCUACGUUUAACUGCACGUUCGUUAUAAGAAUUGAAACUGAAGUGCAAGAAGUAAAAAAACGAUGAACACUGCGCACGGCACCAUCUUAAAUAUUCACUGUAAAGGGCUCGAUCUUGUUACGUCACUGGAAAAACAUAUCCGGAUUUAGCGUCCACACUAUUUUGGAUUCAUUCGCAUUCAAAAAUUUCGAUUUUGGGGAGCGCCGAUUAAAAAAGUUGGGGACUCGCAUGCCGGAUUCACCGACUGAAGACGAAUCCGCAAAGAAAACUUUGCGAAUUCAAAAAUAUCCUGAUUGGCUUGUCGACGGGGCCUUUGGACAACGCCGGGCAUUCCAGGCUGGGCGUUUGACAAAGGGCCAUUCCUCCUCACUGCCAAGUACGUAAAAAGCAAAUAAAUUUUACCUAGGAUGAUUUCCUGCCUGUUCCCCUAUUGGGAAGAGAGAAAUCAUGAUGGUCAUAAAAAAGGAUAUACAGUCGUACAUCUUGGCGAUAGAUCCUUCCCCUUUUUCAUGGCCAUCAAACGCCCAGCCGGGAAUGCCCAGAGUCUGUUUUCAGUCCUCUUACCCUCGACCAAUCCGGGAUUGUUAGACCUACCAAGGGCAAAACGUGGCAUCAUUAAGACAAGAAAUCACAAUCACGGCAAUGCAGCAAGGCUAGGGCAAAAGUACGCCCAUUUAUGAGUUCAAAGGGAUGUGUAUACUCAAGAGAAAAGGCUACGAGAAUUAAUAAAUGAUGACCAAAGAGAACACUCUUUGAUCUUUUAUAAAAUUCUCUCCAUUAGUUUUUAAGGAAACGCAUUGAGAUAAGUCUGGAGAAAUUGUAUGUGGGCUUAAAGGCCUAAGUUUCCAUGAACUUCAUUUCAUUUUAGUUCCUGGACCACCAUCAGCAGUCAACGUCUAUGCCUUUGCAAAAUACAUCCUGGUUACAUUGAAAGCUCCUGUGGAACCUAACGGCGUGAUUACAAAAUACCGAGUGGGGUCGGCGCAGUACGAAGGUUCGCAGCCGAGCGACGAUCUUCAGGUAUCCUGGCAGGAAGUCGGGCCAGGUGUUUUUAGAAAGCUUCUUGAGAAUCAGACGCCGGAGAGAAAUUAUGUUGUAGAAAUACAAGCAGAGACAAGCAAAGGGUGGGGAGAUAAAGUCAGAAAGACAACUCGAACUGUGAAAUAUGGUCGUAAGUAUUUUUUAAAUACGUUAGUUAAUAUACCUUUAACUUGAACUCGCGCCUUGCGGACUUUUCAUCGUUUCUAACCCGCUUAUACAGCCGCCUCUGUUCGCUCCUCUCCACUAGGAGCGAGAAUAAAUGGCUGUACUUGCAGACUACGCUUAUAUGGACACCUCGAUAAUACGGAAAGCAGCUAAUAAAAUCUCCGGCGAAAACGAAGUACCAAAAUUCAGUAUGGAAGCUCACACAUUCUUCUACUACCAUUAUUACUCAAUGGCCAGUAACGUUCGCAUGCGCACAGUCAUAUCCACCGGGUAGUGGCAGUUAUGUAAACUAAUGACGAUUUUUAUGUUUCUGCCAGCUCCCGCCAAACCAGAAAGACCCACUGUUGAGGGAACCGACGUGGGUGAAGUGAAAGUUACUUACAACUUUGGUCUUGGUGGAGGCUAUACCCACGAGUUCUUGGUCAUGUACCGAACGAAAUGUAAGCAUAGUUGGAAAUGUUUUAAUAAUUCACAACAACUACAACAACAACAACAGGAGAAAUUAAAAGAAAGCCGGAUAGAAAGAGUGGAUGAUUGAAAAUUUAAAAAAGACUACUGAUUAUAAAACAGAAAUCUUGACUAAUUUCAAGUUCCUAUUUUUACAGAAAAACUGACACGUAUCUUUAGAAUGCGAAAAAUGUUAUCAAUGUGGUACCUCUACUGAUUUGCUAAUACCAAUGCAAAAAAAGCCUCGAACCUAGCUCUCUUAAUAAUCCUUUUAAGGUAAGGCUUGAAACUCUUCAUGGGUCCCUCUCUUUUGGAUGACCCUCCUUUUAAAGCCUCAGUCCUCCCCCAAACCCUCCUGUCCCAACGGUAUCCCCCUCAGGGAACGGAACCAAUUUGGAAUUUAUAGGAGUAAGGCAAUUUCAGAGGUUUGUGCACGUUGUAGCAAAAUGGAACGAGAAAGACUCGGACAAGGAAAGGAAUCGGACACACGAAAUGAAACUUCUCCCUCAGUUCACUGAUUUGGUGAUAAAGUUUUGUUUGUUGUUGUUUAAAUUUUUUCGUAGUGCAAGGAGAAACCUUCCAGAACACCAGCUGGAUUAAUCAUUUUGAGACGCAGAACAUCAAGAUUGGAGGCUUAAAUAACGGGCUUUACGAGUUUAAAACUGUUGGCAGAAAUGAUUAUCCAGACGAUAAUGACGUUAAUUCAAGAUCAGAGAGCCCCGCCAGUAACGUCACGGAGGGACGCCCUCUCCCAUCACCUGCCAGUAAGUAUCGGACUUUGCUCACAGAACAACAUUCUCUGGGGAACGUUUCUGUACUCACCGCUCUGAGAAUCAGGAAUCCAUUGUGAGACAGUCUUGGAUUCUGGAUUCCACACCAUGGAUUCCCGAUUGCUGGUAUUGGAUUAUAGUCUUUGUCAGUGGACCUUGGAUCCCCGAUUUCAAUCGUUAGUGGCAUUCCUAAUUCCUUGAGCUGUAUUCCUGAUUCCAAAGCCCAGGAUUCUGGACUCCACGGCCAACAUUUCCAGGAUUCCGAAAUCUGGAGGAGAGGGCAAAAUGCUCGGAUAUCAUCUCUAUUUUUUACGUGGUGAUUUUACUAAAAAGGAAGACUGGGAAAUAGGAACCCAACAGAUGGGCGCUUUCCAUUUGUCAUAACUGACUUGCUAAACUAUUCCCGUCGCAAUCUGAAUGUCCUUUUUAAUCUGCGCUCUCCAGCCAGAUCAGUCAAACUCGACAUAGUGUGCACGAAGGACAAUUUUUUUCAGCAAAAAAAACUCAUGGAAAAAACCUAUUUCAUCGUCAAAAUGACUGGUACGGCCAUGGUCAGUCCAGCCGGCCCGUUCUGUUUUUUCGAAAGCGCCCUAAGAUUACUUCCCGGGACCGGGGGUUACUUCCUUGCAUUUCCUUUACGGGGAUGUGCCGCUGGACAGGGUAUAUAAAUUCUCUGCACGUUUGAUUUGAUUUUCAAGAUAAACCAUUUCGUUUGUACUCCAAUAUACAAAAGCCUAUAACGUGAUUUUGCUGAAUUGCAAAUGCCAAUAAACGGCUUUAAAACAAGACGGCGUGCAUUUUCUCCUUCGUCCUAGCCAGGCUAUUAAAAUCGACGGUGUUCUCCUCAACGGGUAUGGUAUGUCUUUUAGAAUUUUGUAUUUGUCCUAAACAGGGUCAGGGUUUCAAACCCUCAGCGGCUCACCUGUACCCAACCAUUGCUCGAGUACCCCCUACCCCUCCCCCAGGGCUAAGGUUUAAGUGAGGUUAAAGUAAAGACUAAAAGAAUAAAACUUACUUUUAAUUUCCCUUUUAAGCUUUCAUAUCGAUUUCAAAUUUCGCACUAGCCCAGGGUUAUCUUAACCCAGCUUUGAACAACCCAGCCCUGAAUAAUGUUGUCUUUAACAGCAACAGAUUUUACUCCUUUUACCAAUACCUUUCAGGUAACCAGCCUGUAACAAAUCCCAUACACAAGGCUGCUUGGUUCAUCAUCUUGCUGACCAUUAUCGCUGUAGUGCUGAUUUUGCUGAUUGCGCUGUUGAUUUUUGUACACUACACUCGGCAUCAAGGAGCUAAAUAUCUUGGUAAGCUCAAAUGAGAUCUUGAUCUUCUUAAAGACGUUCAGUGUAAAUAGUUUUUUUGAAGACUUGCCCAAUGUAAAUUAAUACAAGACAGUCUUGGAUUCUGGAUUCCACGCCGUGGAUUCCGGAUUCCAGGUACUGGAUUCCAGUCUUUGUCAGUGGAACUUUGAUCCCGGAUUCCAAACGUUACUGGGAUUCCAGAUUCCAUAGGCAAAAAUAUCCCGGAUUCCGGAAUCCCUAACUUAAGAUGAAGAAUGGGUCUGUUUGUCAUCGCAUGCUGACGUGUUCCUAUUACAACAACGGUAUUGUGCAUCCUUGCAAAUCAUUGGAGCAUUUUAACAUGACGUCAUGUUCGUCAUAUUGGUGUUCUGAAACAAUAAACCGGUGGUCAUGUUGGUGUUCCGAGCCGAUCCUUUGGGGAUUGAACAUUUUUCUAGUGUGAAAACGUUCUUUUGUUGCAAUAAAUUUGCAUAGAUGCUGACCACAGAGGAAAGAGGCCCUCAACAGGUUUCUCAGGAUCCGGGAAUUUUCCUUAUUUGAAACUCGGGAUCCGUGAUUUCCCUUAGUUGAAGCUCGGGAUCCGGGAUUUCCCUUAUUUGAAGCUCGGGAGCUGGGAUUUCCCGGGAUUUCCCUAACCGUCCCCUGGUUAGCUCAGUUGGGAGAGCGCUGGCCUGCUGAGCGGAAGAUCGCGGGUUCAAACCGGGAUUACGGGAUUUUGGGAUUGAAGAACCCUUUUAGGGACUCUCUGAAAAUGCUCUAAAGAUAGGAUCUACGCUAGAACCGGUGCGCCGCCACAAACCAAAAAUCUCCCUUUAGGUGUGGCCAAAAGAAUACUGCGAAAACCUAGUAUUCCUCGUAUUAUGCAGGGUAGAUACAUAGCAUUGUCAUUCGCUUGCCUGUAGUGAGUGGUCUUUAAUCAAAGACUUUAAUAGAAUGCGAGCAGUCUUUCUUGAGUCACUUUAUAUCGCGCGCAUGCGCGAGGGGCCAGCUGCGAUGCAUAAUUUUACUUCAGUUUUGGCCAGCCGCGAAUGGCUCUGAGGAAAGAAUGAUGACGGCGCACGAUUUAAGGCUUUAAUCAUGUUAACUGAUUUUCUGCUCAACAGUUGGCAAACGAGAGAGAGAUAGAACUCUAAUUGAACGCGAACCACCGUUCGAUAAAGAAGAAGGUGCUUUAAGCGAUGAACGGUAAGAAACCAUCGACCAUCAAAACGCCUUUAUGGCACGUGGAAAUUGUCAUUUCUUGCAGAUUUCCGGGCUGUCAUUAAUGUUAAAUUGUUAUCCAAAGAAGAGAUUGCUAUCCUAGACUCAAAAGAGGGCCAAAGAGUCACAAGUUUUAUCACUGUCACUUUAAUGCUUUCCAUCCUAAAAUAAAGUUUAUUGGCCGUUUUCACACGUACUAGGGACGGAUUGUGGAUAAUCCAUCUUCAAGGUCUGUAAAAAUUGACUGAUAAACAGAUGGAUUAACUAAGACGGAUUGUUCAUCUAAAAUUAAAACCGUUCCAUUUUCAAAUUAAGACGCAUAGUAUGUCUGUCGCAAAUUACACGUCUCUCAUUGUGUUGUAUUGUAAUCAGUCGUUGAAAAGUAAGGUGACAAUCUACGCGCUGUGCCUGCUUCAAAGCUUUAUGGCGGCCUGGAGUUUGGGGUACCCUCGGAUACCGUGAGGGGUAUGUCACGUACAAGUGAUGUAGCCCGUUCCGGUUAAGCUGCAGAUACCCAAAACCCUGUAUCAAAUUGAAGCUUAUUGAACUGGCUAUAUCAGUAAACCAACAAUUUUUUAAAUUGUUGAUUUUUAAUUAAAGCCCUUUAGGCACUGUAUAUUACAGUCGAGACUGUGGUUACCUUAUAUAGUAGGCUGCCAACAUGAAUUACUGGCCAAUAUUCCAUCCACCGGGGUAAUAACUGUAAACAGGGAAGUCUCCAUGAGCCGGCUCCCUUCCCUGGGAGUUGAAGUGAAAUCAAUGAAACCCCUGAAAAUCAGCCGUUGGCGUUGUAAAGAUCUAACAUAGAUUUUGCUCGCUUUUAGCCGGGUGGAAAACCCUUCACCUGACCAGAGCCAGAGUUCACUGCGGAAGAUCCCAGAGAACGACGGCGACAGUUUGGAUGAUUAUAGCGAGGGACAGCAGUUUGGCGAAGAUGGCUCCUUCAUUGAAGAGUAUGUCGACUGAGGAAAGACAAAUUCCCUGGAACGAAAGGAUUCAGCUUUAGCGACAUUUGAUUGAAUUUCUGGGUACACUUAGCCCCUUAACUGGAAUACUAACGAGAAGACUAAAUUUCAAUAACUAACCAAUUCAAUCGUUUUUACUGGUUGAAGUUUCUUAUUAGGUUGUUCAUUGGGAUCUAACUGUAAUGUUUUGCGAGUUUGAGAGUUAAAGUUUGCUUUUAACAAAGAUUGAAGACCAAGGAUUUUCUAUACAAAAUAGGAAUUCAACAAUCUGAUUCCUGCACCUUCUGUGGAGAAGCAACGGAAAACCUGGUUCGCUUAGUUUGGAGCUGUAAAUACUCUAACGCCUUUUGGAAAGACUGCUAUCAAUGGAUAAUGCAAAACACCUCCAAAGUAGAAAAAUUCAACCUCUCAGGAGCUCUCUUAUUUGGCUUAAUUAACGAUGCAAAAAAUUUACUAUUUACAGAGUUUGACUCUAUUACCAACAUCCAAUAAAAACAACUCCAUGUAGAAACCCAGCAACUACCUCACAAACUACACCCAUCAUCUUAGCAAUCAACUUCCAAUAUAACUCCACGCCUACUACUUCACACAUCUCAACUAACCCCUCAAAUAUACAAUACCACUGCACUACCCACAUAUCCCUCACACACAUAACAAACUUCACCUACGCGUAGUACAACCACGCGCAAAUAUACGCUGCCACAGCGUCUUGUUUUUAGAGAGGUUUCAAGUGACGUUCAAGCCGUAAUCGAUUUAAUCCAC